GCGACAGAGCUGCUAUAGCUUCCUUGCCUGCCCAGCCACGGUGGCUUUUCUUCUGUGUCGCUACUAGUUAGCCACAAGACGCUAAACGCUGCUGCAGGCUUAUCCCAGUGAGUGAAAUUGGAACUAAUGAAAACCAAGUAACAGUCGCGGGUGGUCUAGUCACAACUGUCCUGGUGGUAAGGAUGAUGAUGAUGAUGAUGAUGGGAGUUGGCUACUACAGCCGAAGGUGCAGCCCCCCACGCUAGUACCAGUCUACAACUCCUGGCCCCCCUUUGAGCCCUGGUCCCACCUGUCCCCACCAUGGCCAACCACCUGGAGCUUCUGAAUGAACUGCAGCAGCUGGAUAAGGUGCCUAGCCUGGAGCGACUAAGGGCCGCCCAGAAGCGCCGCACGCAGCAGCUGAAGAGAUGGGCAGUCUAUGAGAAGGAGAUGCAGAACAAGAAGCGCAAGGCGGACAAGAGGAGGAACACCAAUCAUGCCGCAGCCAUGGAGGCCAAACGACAUGUAUCGUUUGCAGCUAAUGUGGCGCUAUUAGAGGCCUCGGCACGGAACGACCCUGACGAAGUACGCUACCUGCUGAAGAACAAUGUCAGUCCAGACUUGUGCAACGAGGACGGACUCACUGCCCUACACCAGUGCUGUAUUGAUAACUAUGAGGAGAUGGUAAAGAUCCUGUUGAAUCGUAGUGCCAGUGUAAACGCCCAGGACAAUGAACUUUGGACCCCGCUACAUGCUGCUGCCACCUGUGGACAUGCAGGACUGGUCAAGGUCCUUAUACAACAUGGAGCAGACCUGUUAGCUGUGAACUCUGAUGGCAACAUGCCCUAUGACCUGUGUGAAGAUGACCCUACCCUGGACAUCAUCGAGACCGCAAUGGCCAAUCGAGGCAUCACCCAGGAGAUGAUCAACGAGACCCGGGCGUCUGUAGAGAGGAGAAUGAUGGGAGAGAUCCAGGAGCUGCUGACUGCGGGAGAGGACGUCAACCGCCACGACUCACAAGGAGCUACUCUGCUCCACAUUGCAGCAGCUAAUGGCUACGUCCAGGGUGCAGAGCUGCUGCUGGAGGGAGGGGCUAGGAUGGACCUGAGAGACACUGACGGAUGGCAGCCGCUCCACGCCGCAGCCUGCUGGGGUCAGAUGCAUGUAGCAGAGCUGUUGGUUUCUCACGGUGCCAGUCUCAAUGCCAAGACCUACCUAGAGGAGACACCCAUUGACCUGUGCGAGGACGAGGAGUUCCGUGCCAUCCUGUUGGACCUGAAACACAAACACGAUAUUAUCAUGAAGUCUCAGCUCAAACACAAGACCUCCCUGUGUAGGAGGACAUCCAGCGCAGGCAGCCGUGGGAAAGUGGUGCGGCGGGCCAGCCUGUCUGACAGACACAACCUUCGUGUGAAGGAAUACGAGACCGAGGCCAUCGUGUGGAGAGGUGGGAGGGAAGGAGGGAGGGAGGAGCAGGAGAAAGAGAAGGAGGCAGACCAGGAGAACAGCCAUCUGAUCAAUACGACUGUUACUAUGGUGAUUCCGGUGAAGCCAGCAGCGGAGAGGCCCAAGCUCCAGAAAAUUCUAAAAGAUCCUAGUGGCAUCAUCAAACAAAACGGCAUCAUCUCCACGACGACAUCUACGCCCGCUCCCAGUCAGUCGCCGGCCACCAAUGGUGAGGCUCCAUCCCCUGACAUGAAGAGUAUGACGUCCAUUCCACUGCCCGAGGACUCUUCCUCCUUGCCCAGGGAGCGUGCUCAGACACUAUCAGAACUGAAAAAGCAGAGGUCGGCUGCCAAGCUGCUCAACCACCCUCUCCUUAACGGUCACCUUGGAAACGGCUCCACAGACACCGCCGAGCCCCAGAGCCCUGUGGACUCCCGCAUGCCGCUGGUCUCCUCAAAUGGCAGCGCAGUUUACUACACCCCGGCCAGCGGGGACCCACCCAUCCUCAAACUGAAACAGCCAAUAGAUGAUGAGGAACUAAAGGGGCACAGCUGCUGCUGUGUCUCCUAGGGAGGGGUGGAGGUCACCCCAAGACACUGAUUUAAGGUCAGGUUUACUAUGUUCUCCUCCAAUGCAUUAAGGUUAGGGUUCGAGGAGGGUAAACUGAUCGUAGAUCUGUGUCAAAGGGUAACUUCUUCCCGGAUAGUGUGUACCAGAGCAGGAUGGUCAUGUGACUGAAGCAGGAAGAGAUUGCACAGCCGGACACCAAAAUGCAGAGCCAAGGUCCAAGAAUGCAAUAGGAGUGGAGCUGGUUCAGCCAGGUGAUUGGUUACCUGCCCCUACUCCCUAGUUUUCCUACCCACUGCUGUUUCAACUCCUGGCCACACCAGUAUGGAGGAUAGGAUAACCUUAGAGAAAUCGAGUAAAAAAUGACUUGGGGAAGAGCCAAACGGUGAUAGCUUGUGGUCGAUUGACAGGGCAAGUAUGUGGUGGACACUGUUGAACUCCCUAUGGAGUGGGUGGCUGAGAUGGUCCAUAGACCAUAAGAGUAUGGAGGAUUCCCCUACCCCCCCGGAGAACGGGCAUGCCACUGUGGUAGAUUGUGGUGUAUGUAGAUGGUAAGGAAGUGGAACGAGAUGGCCCUUAUCCCCUAUGAGGAGAGAACUCUGGUGCCCUAUAAAGGGAUGGAUGCCUAGGCAGCGUGCUCUCCCAUGUUAAGCGUAUGUGGUGUCUUACUUUUGACUGAAUCACUGUUUUCAAACCACAUUCUUACUUUAUCCACUGUUUCUGAAACUUGUUUGAGGAAAAAAUACUCCAACAUAUCAGAAUACACUCUCUGUGUUAAUACUGAAACAAAGAGGGAUACUCUUUCUUAAGACGUAUUCUUGUUCAAAUGCUGACUAUUUCAGAAAAGGGAAGGAAUGGUUUAUACCUGGGUGGCAGGUAGCCUAGCGGCUAGCGCGUUGGACCAGUAACUGAAAGGCUGCUGGUUUGAAUCCCCGAGCCAACAAGGUGAAAAAAAUCUCUCGAUGUGCCCUUGAGCAAAGCACUUAACCCUAAUUGCCCCUGUAAGUUGCUCUGGAUAAAAGCGUCUUCUACAUGACUAAAAUGUAAAUAACAAAACAGAACAGUAUUACAGUCAACGAUCUAUCUGCUCCUGUGAAGAAGGAGGAUUGGAGCACUGCACUAUACACAUUUGAAACAAUGCAGCAUUAAACUCAUCAUCCGUCCAGAUCCGAACUUGCAUCGAUAAAGGUGGUAAAAAGGUGUUUGAUAUGCCCAUGUCUUUUUGCUUAUUUGUAGGUAAUUUAAGCAAAAAUAAUUGCUUGAAAAUACAGUGCAUUAGGAAAGUAUUCAGACCCCUUGACUUAUUCCACAUUUUGUUAAGUUACAGACUUAUUGAAAAAUCCUCAUCAAUCUACACACAAUACCCCAUAAUGACAAAGUGAAAACAGUUUUUUUUAAUGUUUCCAUUGAUCAUCCUUGAGAUGUUUCUACAACUUGAUUGGAGUCCACCUAUGGUAAAUUCAAUUGGACAUGAUUUGGAAAGGCAGACACCUGUCUAUAAGGUCCCACAGUUCACAGUGCACGUCAGAGCAAAAACCAAGCCAUGAGGUCAAAGGAAUUGUCCGUAGAGCUCCGAGACAGGAUUGUGUCGAGGCACAGAUCUGGAGAAAUGUACCAAAAAAAUGUCUGCAGCAUUGAAAGUCCCCAAGAACACAGUGGCGUCCAUCACUCUUAAAUGGAAGCAGUUUGGAACUACCAAGACUCUUUCUAGAGCUGGCCGCUCAGCCAAACUGAGCAAUCGGGGGAGAAAGGCCUUGGUCAGAAAGGUGACCAAGAACCCAAUGGUCACUCUGACAGUGCUCCAGAGUUCUUCCCUGGAGAUGGGAGAACCUUCCAGAAGGACAACCAUCUCUGCAGCACUCCACCAAUCAGGCCUUUAUGGUAGUGGCUUGACGGAAGCCACUGCUCUGUAAAAGGCACAUGACAGCCCGCUUAGAGUUUGCCAAAAGAGAUUGAACUCUUUGGCCGGAAUGCCAAUCGUUAUGACUGGAGAAAACCUGGAUGUUUUUCAGGGACUGGGAGACUAGUCAGGAUCGAGGGAAAGAUGAACGGAGCAAAGUACAGCGAGAUCCUUAAUGAAAACAUGCACCAGAGCGAACAUCAGACUGGGACAAAGGUUCACCUUGUAACAGGACAACGAUCCUGCGCACACAGCCAAGACAAUGCUGGAGUGGCUUCGGGACAAGUCUCGAAUGUCCUUGAGUGGCCCAGCUAGAGCCCAGACGUGAACCCGAUCGUACAUCUCUGGACAGACCUGAAAAUAGCUGUGCAGUGACGCUCCCCAUCCAACAAGACAGAGCUUGAGAGGAUCUGUAGAGAAGAAUGGGAGAAACUCCCCAAAUACAGGUGUGCCAUGCUUGUAGCGUCAUACCCAAGAAGACUUGAGGCUGUAAUUGCUGCUGAAGGUACUUCAACAAAGUACUGGGUCUGAAUACUUAUGUAAAUGUGAUAUUUCUGGGGGGGUUUUAGCAAAAAAAAAUGUAAUAAAAUGUUUUUGCUUUGUUAUUAUGGGGUAUUGUGUGUAGAUUGAUUGUAGGAAAAACACUAUUUAAUUUGUUUUAGAAUAAGUCUGUAACGUAACAAUGUGGAAAAGGUAAAGGGGUCUGAAUACUUUCCGAAUGCACCGUAUGUACCGUUUCCAGCUUUUUAUUUAUGAAGAAUAAUUUUAUGAAAAGGAUAUGGUUUGCAAAUUCCUACAGUGUAUUUAUUUUCUUUUUAUAGCUAUGGAAAGUGAAUGCAGUAUAUCUUCCUUUCCUGAGAAGCACUGAUCCUAGAUCUGUUUGUGAUGUCUUGCCAGCUUCAUUGCUGCCAUUGACAUGGAGUAGGCAAAACAGUACAAACAGAUCUUGAACCAGGCUAGAAGCACUGCACCUUCUAGAAUGGAAAUGUUCCUUUGAAGUUGACAAGAUGAGGUUAUUGUCCAGUCAUAUGUAGCUUGUGUAUAACCUGGUCCCAGAUCUAUGUGUGUGCUGUAUUGCCAACUCAAUAAAAUAGGAUUUGGCAGGAAAGAGAACAAACAGGUCUGAGUCUAGGCAUAUUCCACCCAGGCUCAGUUAAAGUGCUUGAAAACUAAGAGACUUGGCAAAGCAAAGUAUAACACUUGCUUAUUACCAUUACAUGCAUAUUAACUCAGAAAAUGUAUGGUAUCUGACAUGAUGUAGCCCACUGUGUAUUAUUUUUUAGAUUGUGUGUUUGUGUUCCAAGUUCCAACACUGGAAGCACCUACCUACUUAACAAUGAAAAGUAGGAUUGUAAGAAGUAGUUAACGAGGCUGGUUCAUCUGUGUUAUUGUCAUUUAACCUGUGGAUACAUACACUAUAAAGUAGUAGUAGACAAUUGUCUGCUACCCUCAGAUUUGUAGUAGUACUGUAGUAAUACUACAGUGUAGUAGCAGUAGUAGUACCAGCUACCCCCCCCCCCCCCCCCAAAUUGUGCCCCUAUGGGUGCCAAGUAGUCUUCCAAAGGAGAGGGGACAUGGACUGGGGACGGGGACUAGGGAAGGCGGCCCACCUGUAUCAGUGUUGUCCUCUUAUCUCCUGUACCCACCGCCAUCCCAACUGCCCUGUCCUGCCUGUGUAUAGUGUCAAAAAUGGUAAACUUUUCCCAGAAUUGCAUAAUAAGUUGUUGUUGUUGUUGUGACAUUGUACUCCAGCCAUUCAUAUAGAGACAAAGAUAACACAAGUUAGUUACACUUUAAGUUGCUCUUAUAACUAUGUAGUUACAGGUAUAGAGCCCAACAGUGGAGGUGCCAUAAUACCUGUAAAACCUAUUGGUCAAACAGGGAAAUGGUUCCAAUCAUUUUUCCACCAUUCAUUUUUCCCAUAGGGAAUUUUAGAAACAUUUAAAAUAAUGGCUGUGUUUCAUGUAGGGCUUACCAUUUUGAUAACUCUCGGACAAGGAGAAUUUUGUCAAUAUAUUAGGCUCUAUUUACUUUCAGAUUCUAAAAUGCUAAUUAGUGUGAAAGUAGACAUAAUGCAAAACUACAAAUCCCUGUACGUCAUCUCUAGCUGACAUCUUUUUAAAAUAUGUAUUUAUUUAUUGAACCUUUAUUUAACCUUUAUUUAACUAGGCAAGUCAGUUAAGAACAAAUACUUAUUUUCAAUGACUGCCUAGGAACAGUGGGUUAACUGCCUUGUUCAGGGGCAGAACGACAGAUUUUUACCUUGUCAGCUCAGGCAUUCGAUCUAGCAACCUUUUGGUUACUGGCCCAACGCUCUAACCACUAGGCGACCUGCCGCCCCUGCCUGCUACCUUUGCUAACAGGUGUUGUGUCAAUUUAAAACUUUCAGUUUAAAUAAAUGUAGCCACUUUAUUCAUUACUAAAUUUAGCUAACAUUAGAUAGUUAAUCCAGAGAUUCUUACCUUUGUCUUGAUUCAGCAAUGUCGUCCAGAUCAUCAUGGCAUUUAUAGUUCUUUGAUGGCCACAUUAGCAGCUAAUAAAAAAAUUCUAGCCUAGUGGUUAGAGCGUUGGGCCUGUAACCAAAAGGAUGCUAGAUCGAAUGCUUGAGCUAGCUGACAAGGUAAAAAUCUGUUGUUCUGCCCCUGAACAAGGCAGUUAACCCACUGUUCCUAGGCAGUCAUUGAAAAUGCAGGCAAAUAUAUUGAUACAUUCACCUUGUCCUUGAGAGAUUUACACGCUAAGGUAAGCCUACACAAAACACAGCCCUUAUUUUACAUUUUUCGAAAAUCCCCUAUGGGAAAAAUGAAUGGUGGAAAAAUUAUUGGAACCAAUUCCUUGUUUGACUGUUAGGUUUUAUGGGUAUUAUGACACCUACUGUGGUACUCUAUAAGGCAACUUAAGUGUUCAGGGCUCUAAAGUGCAAUCAAUUUGGUCACAUAUGCAACAAAAUAUCAUGCUGUUUUAUUUUGGGAGCACCAGUGCGAGAGAGAAUAUAUAUUUUAUAAUUUUUUAAUAAUAAUUGUUGUAUUGAUAAGGCUCCGCUGUACCUGUUGUUUCCCGAGUGCAGAUUCAUUAGUGUCAUGCACCAUUAUUACAGCUAAAACUACUUGUUUCUGAACCCAUAUUUAGACCCUCUAUCUAGACCCGAGCUAACAACCUGGUAACUUUACCAGUAUAUCCAAACAUUUGGUGGCACAGAAAGGAAAAGGGAUAGCUCCUUUCAUGAUCAUAGCAAACAAUGAAUGACAGAUCUCUUGCAUGUUGUCAUCACGAACUUGACGCUCUUAAAGAGACCAUGUAUCAUUUUCAAUGCAAUGCAUCUCAAUAUGAAAAUAGUGCUUUUAAAUAAUGAAAACCCUAAUAUUCCACAAAUGACUUUGUAUCAAGCGUUGGACAAGUAACUGAAAGGCUGCAAGAUCAAAUCCCCGAUGUGACAAGGUAAAAAUAUGUUGUUCUGCCCCUGAACAAGGCAGUUAACCCACUGUUCCUAGGCCGUCAUUGAAAAUAAGAAUUUGUUCUUAACUGGCUUUCCUAGUUAAAUAUAGGUAAAAUAUAACUCAUAUAGGCUAUGCAAUAUCUCAAUUGGUGCUCCUACAAUUUGUUGUGCUCCUACCUUUUUAAAGUUGGGAGCACCAGUGCUACCAAUGAAAAAUGUUAAUUUAGAGCCCUGGUUGUGUUACCAAAAAUAUGAACUAAACUCAGCAAAAAAAAUAAACGUCCUCUCACUGUCAACUGCAUUUAUUUUCAGCAAACUUACAUGUGUAAAUAUUUGUAUGAACCUAAAAAGAUUCAACAACUGAGACAUAAACUGAACAAUUUCCACAGACAAGUGACUAACAGAAUUGGAAUAAUGUGUCCCUGAUCAAGGGGGGGGGGGGUCGUCAAAAUCAAAAGUAACAGUCAGUAUCUGGUGUGGCCACCAGCUGCAUUAAGUAUUGCAGUGCAUCUCUUCAUGGACUGCACCAGAUUUGCCUGUUCUUGCUGUGAGAUGUUAACCCACUGUUCCACCAAGGCACCUGCAAGUUCCCGGACAUUUCUGGGGGGAAUGGCCCUAGCCCUCACCCUCUGAUCCAACAGGUCCCAGAUGUGCUCAAUGGGAUUGAGAUCCGGGCUCUUCGCUGGCCAUGGCAGAACACUGACAUUCCUGUCUUGCAGGAAAUAACACACAGAACGAGCAGUAUGGCUGGUGGCAUUGUCAUGCUGGAGGGUCAUGUCAGGAUGAGCCUGCAGGAAGGGCACCACAUGAUGGAGGAGGAUGUCUUCCCUGUAAUGCACAGCAUUGAGAUUGCCUGCAAUGACAACAAGCUCAGUCCAAUGAUGCUGUGACACACCGCCCCAGACCAUGACGGACCUUCCACCUCCAAAUCGAUCCCACUCCAGAGUACAGGUCUCGGUGUAACGCUCAUUCCUUCGACGAUAAACGCAAAUCCGACCAUCACCCCUGGUGAGACAAUACUGCGACUUGUCAGUGAAGAGCACAAUUUGCCAGUCCUGUCUGGUCCAGCGAUGGUGGGUUUGUGCCCAUAGUUGACGACGUUGCCGGUGAUGUCUGGUGAGGACCUGCCUUACAACAGGCCUACAAGCCCUCAGUCCAGCCUCUCUCACCCUAUUGCGGAUAGUCUGAGCACUGACUGAGGGAUUGUGCAUUCCUGUGUAACUCGGGUAGUUAUUGUUGCCAUCCUGUACCUGUCCCGCAGGUGUGAUGUUCGGAUGUUUCGAUCCUGUGCAGGUGCUACACAUGGUCUGCCACUGUGAGGAUGAUCGGCAUCUCACAGUACGGACAAUGCAAUUUAUUGCCCUGGCCACAUCUGCAGUCCUCAUUCCUCCUUGCAGCAUGACUAAGGCACUUAGUCAAGUGCCUUAGCAUGACUAAGGCACUCACACAGAUGAGCAGGGACUCUGGGCAUCUUUCUUUUGGCGUUUUUGAGAGUCAGUAGAAAGGCCUCUUUAGUGUCCUAAGUUUUCAUAACUGUGACCUUUUGCCUACCAUCUGUAAGCUGUUAAUGUCUUAACGACCGUUCCACAGGUGCAUGUUCAUUAAUUGUUUAAGCAUGUGAAAUAGAGUUUACCUUUUCCACCAUUUACAAUGAAGAUCUGUGAAGUUAUUUGGAUUUUUACGAAUUAUGUUUGAAAGACAGGGUCCUGAAAAUGGGACGUUUCUUUUUUUGCUGAGUUUGUCGGCAUGCCAGGCAGAGGGUUGUUUUCAUAGUGUUCAUUGUAUUUACGUGUAAGUAGGACUUCCCAGGGGUCCAAAUGUUUCAUAUCUGUAUUAUCUGACCACUACUAUGACCCAAAUUUAAAGUGACAGAACCAUCUUUCGACUGUUUGUUCCUAUUGUUGUGGCCAGUGCUUGUGUAUCAAACAGUCUGUCAGAUGUGCAAACUGAAAAUGGUUGAUCAGCGUGUAUUUUAUAAAGACGUGUUGUUAAUAAUAAUAAGAAGAAACUAUUAAAACUACUGAUUUUGUAAUUACUGGAAAAUACUGAUGGUUGUAUUAACAUUUUUAAUAAAUUGUGUAUUUUGUGCA